UAGAGAAAAAUGUCGCUCUUACCAUUUACCGAUUUCGAUACGGUGGACCCGUUCCAGUCACUUCAAACGUUCGAUCCCUUCUUUAAUAGACGAAAUAUUAUUCCGCGGUCGAUGAGACAAACGUUCCGUCGUAUGGAUCGGGAACUUGGAAGGCUGCUGUCUAGUGUCAAAGAAGACGACAAAUCGUUUCAGGUUAUGGUUGAUGUAUCUCACUUCGAUCCCAGUGAAAUUUCCGUCAAGACAACUGACAAUAACAUCAUCGUUCAUGCUAAACAUGAAGAACGCAACGACCAAUAUGGCACUGUUUCGCGAGAGUUCCGCCGCCGAGUCUCCAUUCCUCGAGGAGUCAAUGCCGACUCCGUAACUUCCACCAUGUCUCCUGAUGGUAUUUUGACCAUUAUGGCACCGAAAAUGAUGCUGGAAGGGUCUAAUGAACGCGUUAUUCCGAUUACCAUGACCGGUAGUGCUGGGUCGGCCAAUCCACCAACCCCAACUCCCCAAAGGACUUAGAAUCCCAACAGAGCUGCAGCCAAUCUACAUACUCGAG